AUGCCAUCGCCAGAGAAUGUAAGGAUGAGUGACGAAAAUGCUUCAAAGUCCACAUAUUUCCCACUUGGCUACAAAGCAUCAGCGAGCCAAUGGUGGGCAGGUGUAGCGCCUACUAUCGCCGAAAGCCAUGUUAUAUCUUUGAUACCCCAUCUUCAAAAGCCUUGGGCCCAUGACAUCGUUGGAAAUUCAAAUUCAGCGUUAGAGGAUUCUGCCGGACCAUUACUCAAAGGUAUACCAUCAGACUUAGCCGCACAAGCUAAGGAUCCACAUGGCCCACGUGCUUGCUAUUCGAAUACAAUCACUCUAGCUGGAAAAGAUAGGACCUUGAAUGAGCUCUCAAUUGAGAGAACCGAGGAAGAAGUGGAGUAUAAUUUAGUAAUGCUACACGGCUAUGGUGCAGGACUAGGGUUUUUUUAUAAAAACUUUGAAGGAUUAAGUCAAAUGAAAGGGUGGAAGAUAUAUGCGCUUGACAUGCUUGGGAUGGGACGGAGUAGUCGGCCUCCGUUCAAAAUACAUUCAAAGAGCCAAUCGGAACAAGUAACGGAAGCGGAAAACUGGUUCAUCGAUGCCUUGGAAGAAUGGAGAAUUACGAGAAAAUUAAAGAGCUUCACGCUCCUUGGUCAUAGUCUGGGUGGUUACAUGGCUGUGGCAUAUGCUUUGAAAUACCCCGGACGACUAAACAAACUCAUUCUCGCCUCUCCAGUUGGAAUACCAGAAGAUCCAUACGCAGUGCGGACAGAUUUACCCGAGCCUAAAGAUUCGACUUUGGCGAAUGAGUUCACUCAGACUCAAGACAGUAUAAUGAAGGACAAGAAAUUAGAGACUAAGAUAGAUAAUAAUCCACCCGGUGGUACUCAUUCCAAAGCUAGCUCACCUAAGAAGGAUAUAAACCCAACUCCUCGCCGCCCACUGCCGAGAUGGCUUGUUUAUUUGUGGGAUGCAAACAUAUCUCCUUUUAGCAUCAUACGCUGGACAGGACCACUUGGACCGCGCUUUGUCUCGGGGUGGAGUUCAAGACGGUUUUCUCAGUUGCCAAUCGAAGAGUCAAAAGCUCUUCAUGAAUAUGCAUAUUCCCUUUUCCGUCAACGUGGUAGUGGAGAGUAUGCUCUUGCUUACAUUCUAGCACCAGGUGCUUUUGCUCGGAGUCCUUUAAUUAAUCGAAUUCAUAAAGUGGGCCGGCAAUAUUUUAAAUCUAACGAUGUUGAAGAGAAUACUACAGGUAGCUCAUCUUCACUGCAGCCGGAAAUUAGGGAGGCUGGAAUUCCAAUAGUUUUUAUUUAUGGCGAAAAUGAUUGGAUGGAUGUCGCUGCUGGCUACUUAGCUGAGAAGAAACUCGAGGAAGAAAAAAGUAGAGUUCUAAAGGAGGCAAAUGAAGAAGAACGAAGGAGAGAAAAUGGAAGCGCCAAGGUGUUGGUGAUAAAAAAUGCCGGUCAUCAUUUGUAUCUAGACGGGUGGGAGGAAUUUAAUGAGGUCAUAAGAGAGGAAAUGAAAGAUACGGAGAGAAACGGUUGGAAAAGAUAA